AUCAUCGUCCUUCAAGGAGUCUUUCUGUUUUCAAAAAUAUCACUAGUCUACUUAAAAAACCUAAGCAGAAUCAUCAAAAAUUUCUCUUGAUUUAGUACUGAAGUUUAUACUAAAACCACUGAAGAUAGCUGCAACUACAAGAUGGACUCUCACAACCCAACCUCUUUCGCCGACCACGGUUUGACUUUCCAAAAUGUCACGUACUCGGUCUCCCCGGAAAAAACCAUCUUGCGUGACUGCUUCGGGCGGUUUCGCCCGGGCGAGGUCUGCGCCAUCAUGGGAGAAUCGGGGUCGGGGAAAUCCACGCUGUUGAACCUUUUGUCAGCCCGGAUGAAGUGGAGCGGACGUUUGUCGAAGAAGGCGGAUAUUCACGCUGCGCCGCAGUUGUGUGCACGAGGAAGUAUUGACUCGACGCCAAAGCCGUUUCCGCACGGAGAUAUUGCAAGUGCAGACGCGAAGCUUGCCGAUGUUGAGCGGGACGAUCAAGUCGAAGCAGGAGGUGAUGACACGCAUCUUUUGUUACCUGCUGCUGCUCAACGAGAGGCAGGACAACAGCUACAGCCUUUCGACCCGAUUUCUCCCCGGGACCACAAGUUCACGAAGCUUUUCGGUGAUUUGCAGGAUGAGGUUGCGUAUGUCUUUCAGGAUGACCAACUUCUCGCCACCGAAACCGUUUUCGAAACCGUGAUGUUCUCUGCCCAACUGUAUCAAAUGCAAAAAUGUUUGGGUCCGGAAGGUUACCAGGUUUGUCAUGCAUAUUUUACAUGAUUCGGGAUGUCUGUAAUGCAUGAUCUGGCAUCACAUAUUUUUAGAGGCCUUCCUGAUGCGUAUCCCGCAUGACAAAUGCCCUCCCCGCGUAGCACAAAGUGGGCUCCUAUUGCUGGUCAUGCAAUACAGAUUUUUUUAGAGUCCAAAGUUAGCAUCACAAGUUGCAUUCUUCCAGACCCAGACACUUUUGCAGUUGAUAAACUGCGCCGCCCGGAUUUGAGCAAAGAGGAACGGCUGGAAAAGGUGAACGAAUUAUUGGAAGUGCUCGGCCUGACCGCCUGCAAAGACGUGAAGAUCGGCAGCGCGCUCUCCAAGGGCAUCAGCGGCGGGCAGCGGAAGCGCACUUCCGUUGCGGUGGAGCUGGUGAUGGAGCCGAAAAUUCUGUUUUUGGACGAACCGACGUCUGGGCUGGACAAUCCUUCCGCGGAACGGUUGACCGCGUUCUUGCAGCACUACGCAAAGGAGAAAAACGCGACCGUGGUGUGUACCAUCCACCAACCGUCGGAGUACGUUUUGCAGCAGUUCGACCGGGUUUUGGUGUUGCAGAAGGGAAAGACGGCGAUUUUUGGCACGCCGAAACAGAAAGCCUGCUUCUCCUUCGCCGAGGAUCAAACGGGACAAAUGGAGACGGAAACUUCCAUCACGCAAAUCAUGGAAGCUGCGGGCCGGAAAAUGCCAAUGGAGUACGGGUCUAUGCUCGGGCAGUGGCUCUCGAAAGUGAUGGCGGAAAUGACAGAGGACGAGAUGGGAGUGAUGCAACAGAAAUCCAAGGAAAGCUUCCAGCGGUUGUGUACCGCGGAAGUGAUGGCUCGUGCAUCUACUACUGAAGUAGAUCCGAACGACACGUCGGCGAAAACAAAAUCCAAAUCGAUCAAGAGCAAAGACCUCGGUCGCGCCAACCUGUUUGUCCAGUUGGGCUCUUUGAUCGCCCGCGAUUUCCGUAAAUUGUACCGAGAUUACAGUACUUUGGGUCUCUCCGUCGGGUCCGCGGUGUUUAUGCCGAUUUUGACGUUGAUGUUCUGGUGGGCGUUCCGCACCUCGCAAUUGGAGGAAGACCAGGACUUCCAGACUUUUUCCGGUUACACGGACUUUGUCGCGGGCAGGACGUCGCUGCUCAUCCUUGUGAAUUUGUCCAUCGGGUUCCUGAACGCCAUGCCGGUCGUUGCCACCUUUCCGACGGAGCGCCCGAUUUUCCUGCGCGAGUACAGUUCCAAGAGCUACAACGUUUUCAGCUACUUUUUUUCCAAACUGGUAAUUGAGAUUAUCCCUUUGGUGGUGUCGGUGUUGAUUGUUCUGUCUUUGACAAAACUUUCCCUGGGUUUGUACGCGAACUUCGGAUUAGUCUUCGUUGCCUCCAGUACCUUAGCCGUGACCACCAGCAGUCUGGCCUUACUGGUCAGUUCCUGUACCAGCACGGUGACCGAGGCGAUUCAACUCUUGGCUUUGUUGGUCACCUUGCAGUUCAUGUCCUCCGGCGCGUUCUUUGCGGUGAAGUACAUUCCGGUCGGGGUUUACGGCAUGCGGUACUUGUUUGGCGUCAAAUUCGCCUCGAACAUCAGUCUGCGGAGCGAGUUUAAGCAACUGAGUGAAGAGAAGUUUUUGGAUUUCGGCCCGCAGAACGCGAUGAUCGGGCUGCCGGGAAAUUCCACCGCUUUGCUCGAACAAAUCCAUGACGAGCAGGACAUUAUGAUGCCGGGGGCCAACCCGCAAGCCACGGAUGCAAUCGACUUUGCGUAUCUACUGAUGCCGUUUUUUCUCUACCGCUCGCUGGCGGUGCUGAUUUUGCACCUGCGCAGUCGCUACGCGGUCAAGUAAGUAGGCCGGGGGCGCGGGGUUUAAGCUUGGAGAACGUCAUUGUUGCGGGACACAAAUGACAGUCAUACAGAGUUGAAGACGCAGUUAUAACUUGUACGAUGAUAGACACAUUGACAUUCACGAGCUCUUUCUUUAACUACAGUAUACUUUUUACCAGGGCAGUACAUGUAUGAUUUUGAAACGAGACUCUGCUCGUGACUCGCUAGUAAAUUAAGUAAGAAGAUAAAGAUUAUUUUGAUGAACGGGUAAGUGAUAGCCCACAUUGCACAAGAAAAGGACCUAAGGCAGAAGAGCAAAGCCAAAGCAGCUCUCCCAAGUAGUGCUUUUUGUUGAAAUACCGCUAACCAUGUGAGAAGAAAGAGCAACUUGCAACAAAACAAACAAAACAUAUGAAGAAAAGGAUCGGAAACAAAUCCAGAGAAGUGCAAGCAAUGAUCUAAAUCUGAGAUGAAAACUUGAACAAGACGAAAAGGAACAGCGCAUGGAUGUCCUUGUUUUACUCACACACAGACAGAGACGCUAGUACGACAUUUUGGUCCGUCUACUACGUGCUUUGUUGACGUUUUGUUAGGAAUGAGGCUGUGGCUCGUCAUCUUCUAUACUAUGCUUCUGUGCGUCUGCUAUUUGCUGUAGAGUUCUAGUAGUAGUCUCCUUUGUGCUAGCUGCGUGAGCAAGCUCAAGUGAACACAAAGAAUAGGCACUACUUGUACUCGUUUGCUUCGUGCACGCCGCACCUCAAUUUGUUAGGAAUGAGGCAGAUACUAGAUUGCUGCCCUGUAGCUGCUCUUAAACCGUUAAACAUGGUGUAUAAUGAACAGAGUUUUUAUGCCAUAGGUGCGCUUCUAUUUCUUAAAGAAAUAAAGGAGUUUAUCCUUAUCUGGAAAAAACAGAAAUCUCGUAAGUCGACUGGACACGGGGAUUGGUUCGGCGAACUCAUUGGAAGCAGCAC